GACAAGGGAUAGGACGUGGAGACAGGGAAUGGGGUCUGGCGACAGGGGAUGGGGUUUGGGGACAAGGGAUGGGACAUGGGGACACCCGGCAGGGCAAGGUGGCACGUGGCAGGGCGCGGUGACAAGGGACAGGGCGCGUGGCAGGGCGCUGUGGCACUCGGCGGGUGGCACGUGGCAGGGCGAGGUGGCAAUGGACAGGGCAUGGUGACAAGGGACAGGGCCCAGUGGCGCAUGGCAGAGGCGGCGCUGCAAGGUGGCACUUAGUGGGGCGCAGUGGCACGUGGCAGGGCACAGUGACACUCGGCAGGGCGAGGUGGCGCAUGGCAGGACAAGGCGGCCCUUGGCAGGGCACGGUGACGCAGGGCAUGGCGGCACCGGACGGGGCACGGUGACACGGGGCAGGGCACGGUGACCAGUGUCAAGACCCUGUGGCGCACGGCAGAGCGAGGGGACACACAUCAGGGCACGGUGACUCGGGGCGCACGGAGGCGGCACGCGGCAGUGCGGGGUGACACAGAGCUGUGGCACGGUGACACGCUGCGGGGUGACACGGAGCUCCCCAAGCCAACUGGGAGCGAUGUCUCUUACGGGCAGCAUCGACAGCAAGUCCGAGAAGCCCAUGUCCCUCAUCUGGGGGUGCGAGCUGAGCAGCGAGCGGGACUCCUACACCUUCCAGGUGCCCGAGGAGUGGCGGUGCGAGCAGCAGCUGGCCCUGCGCACAAUCUGCCUGGGGGAGAAGGCUCGCGACGAGUUCCACGUGGUGGAGAUCGUGCCGCCGGAGGACGGCAAGCCUCGCGCCCCCGUGCCGCUCGCCACGCUCAAGCCCUCGGUGCUGCCCAUGGCCACCCUGGUGGGAGUGGAGCUGACGCCCCCGGUCACCUUCCACCUGCGGGCAGGAUCCGGCCCCGUCUACAUCAGCGGGCAGCACAUCUCCCUGAUGCCCGACCUGUCCUGGGAGGAAGAGGAGGAGGAGGAGGAGGAUGAAGAGGAGGAGCUGGCGGAGGAGUCCCCGGAGAAGCCCCCCAGGGGCCAAGCCGCCAAGAAGGGCAGCGCCGCCAAGGAACAACGCCGCCCCCGAGGAGCCCCUUCCCGGCAAGGGGCGAGGAGCCGGAGCCGGCCGGGGCAAGAAGGCAGCGGCGAAGAAGUAACGUGGGCUGCGCCCUGCCAGGGUCUGGCGCAGGAGAGGCUGGAAACCUGCUGCUUUUUGUGUUCUCCCCCAAUAAAGGAUCUGCUUUUGCACUCCUGGCUCUCCGUGCUGGGAUGGGGCGGGGGGGGGGGGCUGCAGGGCUGUCCCCCACCCUGGAUACCCCAACCCCUGUGUAGGGCUCCGAGGGGCCCCCUGCGUCCUUCCCCGACAGCCUCGGGGGUCCCGUUUGGGGUGUGGGGGGGGUGGGGAACCUGCAGCAGCCCCCUCCCCGCAAGUGGGGUAACAAGUGGCGGGUGAAUGGGGACAAAGGGGG